AUGGCCUUUUUUUUCCACACUCGGCACGCCGGUGCCGAGUCCGCUCUGGGAGCUAGACCACAGUAUAAAUCCUUGGGGGGUUGCCCUCCUGAUUUUGGCUGCGAUUAUGUCUUUCCUUUGUCUACAGUUGGCUGCUUCGUCAGAUGGGUCGCACACACAACUUUGCUGCACCGGCGACAACAGCAAACAUCCCAAGACAAGCCCUUCGGUGUGUGUACUUGGUUUUGGGUGAAGGAGAGAAGAAAACUCUACUCUCACUCUACUCACCUGUUACUUAAUCGAAAAUUCAGUCAACGACUCGAACCUUUUGCCAAUGUCCACUUGCGCCCCUCCAAUAACCACAGGCCGACCUUUCUCAGACCAGACGAAUGA